CUUUCUUCAAGUUAAAUCGGCGAAUGAAUAUAAUUAGUUAAAUAUUAAGAGUAUAUUCAAGAAUGUCUACACCUAACAAUGAAACCGGCGGUGGCAACCUUAUGGACGAAUUCGAAGAAGCUUUUCAGGCAUGCCUUCUUUCGCUGACCAAGCAAGAACCCAAUUCUGGAACAAACAAGGAGGAAAUUGAACUGGAAGUUCAAAAGACGACAAACCGCUUUAUUGAUGUGGCGCGCCAGAUGGAGGCAUUUUUCUUGCAAAAGCGCUUUCUUGUCUCCACACUCAAGCCGUACAUGCUCAUCAAAGACGAGAACCAGGAUCUGAGCAUUGAAAUACAACGCAAGGACGCGCUUUUGCAAAAGCACUACAAUCGCUUGGAGGAGUGGAAGGCCUGCCUGUCAGAUAUACAGCAGGGUGUCCACAAUCGGCCCACGCCGCCAAUGAUGCCUGGACCCUCAAUGAGCGGACCUCCAAUGCCACCACGCAUGAUGCAGCCGGUGUCCCAACUGCCGCCUGGACAACAGCACUUGUUGCAGGCACAGCAAAUGCAGCAGCUACGCAUGAUGAACAAACCCAAGUAAUUUAAGAGGAAUAUUAUCAACUUUUUCUAUUGUAGUUUAAGGUUAAUAAAUAAAUGAUAAAUAUAUAUUGUAA